CCCUUUGCAGGAUUUCGGGCCCCGCGGCUUGGCCAGCCUCUCCCCGCUCCGCCCCGUCUCCCGUGAGGGGAGGAAGGUCCGCUUGGCUUGGCGGGCGUCGGGGUUCCAGCCGAUCCCCCGCGGGCUUCGCUGGGCAGAGUCCGCGCACCCGGCAUGAGGCGGGCGCGGCUGCCCGUGCUUGCGGCUUCGCUCCUUUUGCUCUCCCAGGUGCUCCUCCAAGGCCGGCCGGCCCUGGCCCUGGCCGUCGGCGCCCAGGAUGAUGCGAGCCUCUGGCUGAAGCUGCGGCUGCGCGGGCAGGAUCCCGCCCGCGCCCCCUGGGCCCUGCCCAGUUCGAGGAGGCCCGACGUGGCGGCCCUGCUGGUGGGCUACUUGCCGCCGGCGAGUCCCGCGUGGGAGUUCGGCCGCCGCCGCCUGGCCCAGCUGAGCGACCGGCUGAAGAAGCGUCAGGACCCGCCCCUGUCCAUCGACCUCACCUUCCACCUCCUCCGGCAGAUGAUGGAGAUCUCCCGGGCGCAGAGCCAGCAGGCGCAGGCAGAAAAGAACCGCCUCCUCCUGGACUCGGUGGGCAAGUGAGGCCGAGCCCCGGCGGAUCGCCUGCUCCGGGCAGCUGGGGGCUUCCUUCGCGGUGGAGAGACCGGGGGAGGGAGGGGGAAACUGAGCCGCGGCGCCCGGGAAGAGGCCGGGACGGGACACUGGGUUUGCGAAAUAAAACAUCUCGGAAGCCAA